AUUAAUUCACAAAUUCCUCCCUCAAUACAAUCAGUACCAAUUCCUAACCACCAUACAAUUAUCAUCUCCUUCCCUCCAGUCUAAUGGGCAUGGCCACAACAUCUUCCCUUCCCGCCAUUUCCAACAUCUUCACCCCUUUCAGUCCCCCCCAAACCCACCGAACCCUAACCACCCGCUCCUCACUCACGUCACAAUCUCUCACCUCCGCCAAAUCCCACCUCCUUCAUCUAAUAUCCGACCAAAACAGAGGCAUCGCCACCCAAUCCGAUCCCCAAAAGCUGGCGCAGAUCACUGACGCCAUCGACUCUAUCGCCUUAAUCAACCCUGACCAGAUCACCACCAACAACUCACUCUCUGGUACCUGGCGCUUGCUUUGGACCACCGAGAAAGAACAGCUGUUUAUUAUCAAGAACGCGGGCUUUUUCGGGACGAAAGCCGGAGAUGUUUUGCAAGUGAUCGAUGUGGAGAAACGCAAGCUCAACAAUGUCAUUACUUUCCCUCCCGAUGGUGUCUUCUUUGUUCGAUCCGAUAUGGAAAUUGCUUCAUCUCAGCGUGUCAAUUUUAGGUUUACAAGCGCGGUUUUACGUGGGAAUGAGUGGGAGUUUCCACUGCCACCAUUUGGUCAAGGAUGGUUUGAUUCGGUCUACUUGGAUGAUGAUAUUCGAGUUGCUAAAGAUAUACGCGGAGAUUACUUGGUUGUUGAUCGUGCUCCAUACCAAUGGAAAGAAUGAGAGGACAUUCUCACCAAGGAGAUCAUUGUGUGUGAUACUAGGAGGGGCAUACUAUACUACAUGGAUGAUUUUAGCAAGGGAUAAACAUAUCACAUACACCACCAGGUUAAUGUUAAAGAGCAAAAGAUUUAGCUCUCACAUCGUCAGGUGGAACACCCUUCCUUUGGUUGCAUGAAAAAUUUAUUUCUUGAUAUGUUUUUAAAUUUGCAAAACUCUAAUUUGAAUUGUCACACAUGCACUCAUAUGUAUGGGCCCCUUCUCAUGUGACUACUAUUUAUAACAUUCGUUUGUGUGUGAUUUGUGUUGA